AUGACGAUUCUGCAAUUGCCACUUUUCGCACGAGUUUCUUAUAUGCUGAAUCAAUGCAUCAAAGAAUGCAUUGUUAAUGUAUCGCCAAAAAAUUAUUGGAGAAAAUUCAAUAAACAUCGAUACUAUGCUACUGCAGUCAACUUAAAAGUCGAUGCGGGAAACGUAGUGAGUAGUAGACUGCCUGAUAUAAGUGACUUUGAGAAUAUUUAUUUGCACGAUUUCAUCUGGGAGAAAGUUGGAAAAUGGUCGAACCACACUGCUCUGAUAUGCGCAGAUACUGGUAGAUCAUAUACAUACGGUCAGUUGAGAAAAGCAUGCGGCAAACUAGCAAUGAGUUUAAGAAAAAACCAGCUCUUACCGGGAGAUACCAUUGCUAUUAUUUUACCAAAUAUUCCAGAAUUUGCUAUCAUCGCACUAGCGGCAAAUGAAGCCGGUUUACGCACAACUCUGAUUAAUCCUGCAUAUACAAUAUAUGAAAUAAAAAGACAAUUAGAGAACGCGGACGUUCAAGCUAUCUUCACAAUUCCUACCAAAUAUGCUGAUAUCAAAACUAGUAUUGAGAAAAAUUCGAAGAUAAAAUUACCAAUCGUCAUUGUAAACGACGGGACUAACGCUGGCUCAAUCUCAGGAACGAUCCAGUUAGAUGAUCUUAUGCGAGACGACAUCGAAGAUUUUUCAAUUAGUCAAAAAACUGGAAUAAGUUAUGAAGAUACCGUACUUUUGCCUUAUUCCAGUGGCACGACUGGUUUGCCGAAAGGAGUGGAGACGUCUCAUAAGAAUAUUGUUGCAAAUAUUAUUCAAAAUAUAAACCCAACAUUCUUCCCAGGAAUAGAAGCGAAUGAACACCAUCAGGAUAUUAUACCGCUAAUAGUACCAGUACAUCACUUUUAUGGAUUAAUAAUUGUCUUGUAUUGUUACUUGCGAAUAGGUGCUAAAUUAGUGUGUCUGCCAAAAUUCUCUAUGGACGGAUUUAUGAAACUGUUGGAAAAUCAUCGGUGCACGGCAUUACAUGUCGUACCACCCAUCGUACAGAUGAUGAUAUACAACGAACGAAUUACAUCCCGUCAUGUUGAAUCUAUAAGAUUAACAUUAUCAGGAGCCGCACCGCUUGGAGAAAAACUUAUCACAAAAUUUCAAAAUCGUUUCCCUAAUGACAUAACUUUUAUCCAAGGAUACGGUGCGACAGAGCUAUCCCCGCUAGCUGCAAUCGGUAAUGCAAAUGUACCAUCAAUAUCUUGUGGUUGUUUGAUUUCAAAUACACAAAUGAGAAUUGUAAGCACGCAAGAUGACACUCUAGGCAGAAAUUUAGGUCCCAAUGAAGUAGGAGAAAUAUAUAUACGGGGUCCACAAGUAAUGAAAGGAUAUUACAAAAAUCCCAAGGCCACAGCAGAUACCAUGGAUGACGAUUGGUACAAAACUGGUGAUUUAGGGUAUUAUACUGAAGAUGGCGUAUUGUACGUGCAAGGACGAUCGAAGGAAUUGAUAAAAGUAAAAGGAUAUCAAGUUGCACCCACCGAACUUGAAGAAGUAAUUCGUCAUCAUGAUAAUAUACAAGACGUCGCUGUCGUUGGUGUAACACACGAAAAUUAUGGCGAAAUUCCAAAAGCUUUUGUAGUUCCUAAAUCGGGAGUUAAAAUUAAUGAAAACGAACUCAAAGAAUUUGUCGCUAAACGUGUAGCCAAGUAUAAACAAUUAGGAUAUAUACAAGUCAUAGAAAGUAUUCCAAAAUCUGUAUCUGGAAAAAUUCUUCGAAGAGAACUUCAAAAUCUGUAAUAUAUUCCUCAAAUAUCGAGUUUCAUAAUCGAAUUGAUGUCAAGAAAUUUACGAGUAAAUACAAGAUUUGUUGACACCACUUUGAGAGGAUUCUUCAUUUUCCGAAAGAGCACUAAUAAUUCCGGCUUUC